AUGUCCACUGCCUCCUCGCGCUCCUCCGUAUCAAGCGAUGAAUCUGAACCGGACUCGCCUGCACCUUACUGUAGACCGUGGAAACACCUCGAGAACCCCGCGUCGGAGGAGUGGUCUCGCGGGCCGAAGGAACUCUAUCGAUACCCCAACCUCGGCGACUUUGUUGUGCUGUCACUCGACCCUAUAGCCUCUGUCGGGCACCUCGACGCCAUCGCGAAGCAAGCUGCAGCGCAGAUAGAGAGGCGUAAAUAUGUAGCGUUGUGUAUCCAGACGCACGGCCUGCCGCUCCCCACGAAACCCACCCACCCCUAUGACUUCUUAUUCGUCCGUCGAGGAAGACCAACGCCGAGACUUCCUGAUGUCGAUACCGAGGAUUCCUGUCUUGCUAUCUCGCCGAAUGAGACAUCCGUGCUCGACCAACCUGCCGUGCGCCCCGUGCAACCACUUCCCUGGGACGACUGUUAUCUCGACAUGACAUAUGGAUUCCCUCGACCCUGCCGUGUCACAUCUAUCGAGCGUGAUUACGUUCCUGUAUUGCCCAUCUCCGUUCCCGAGAUUCUACGAAUACAGGAUCAUACUCAAGAACAUCUAUCUCGCAUAGCCUCGCUCCGUAGAGAGCAUGGGGAUGCUUGGCCUCAAUCCUUAGACCUCGUUCAACUACCUACCUCGAGCCCGCUCGAUGUUCCGAGUAGUAAGAACGAAUCCAUGCCGGUGCAAGCUGCUGCAUCCAGGUCUGAGCCAGAGCUUCCGCCUAAUCUUGGUGCGGAGACGGAACGUGAUGCAAAUGCCGCUGCGGACGAUGUCUCUAUCAUCGAGAGCGAAGAUGGGAAUGACGGUGUCCAACAGGAUGAGCGUGCCCCGGAGCCCGGUGAUGAGGAAGAGCUCAACAUGAUGCUUGCUUUUGAAUCUAUGAUGAAUAAUGUCGGUGACUUCCGAGAUCCAGUCGUCAAUGUCUGGUAUGACUUGGACGUUAUCACGGAGAUAGUGGAUCCGAUCCAUUUCUUGGAAGACGUGAAGCGUCUCGAGAUUAUAAUGGAUGAAGCGGAGAUACGCCUGGGACGGCGCCACGAGAUGGCCGCGGUGGUACAUCCAUCGGAAUCGGAGCGAUCGAGCCUGAGCGAAGAUGCCGAUAGCCAGCGCUCUGUAGACGUUCCGGCUGGCGCCGUGAAUGGAGUAGACAGUACUACGGACUCUCGUCCAGACAACCAUCCAACGCACCAGACGAAAUCACGCGGACUACGGAUCAACUUGCGCUCUAUGACCUCAAUGCUCCUGUUUCCGGCCUCAAACCUUGUCAAAAAGCUGACUUUUGCACGGCACAAGAAGACCAGUUCGAGACCAGUGCUGUUGAUCCCUCGCGACUCGCUUCUCCCGCUAUCAGGUGAUGGAUCGAUCUGUCUUCGAGAAUAA